AUGGACCAUCUGAAGAAGACGUUUGCCCAGUGCCAGCAGGAGGGCCGGCCAGCCCUGGUGACCUAUGUCACUGCCGGCUUUCCCACUGCAGCGGAGACCCCAGACAUUAUGCUUGCUAUGCAGGCCGGAGGAGCAGAUGUCAUUGAACUCGGACUCCCCUUUACAGACCCCAUCGCCGACGGCCCGACGAUCCAAAUGUCGAAUCUCAAAGCACUCAAGAAUGGGGUCACUAUAUCCUCCAUGCUACAGAUGGUCCAGGAUGCCCGCCAAAGAGGGCUGCACGUUCCUGUUCUCUUCAUGGGCUACUAUAACCCAAUCAUGCGCUAUGGGGAGGCUGAACUCCUCGCUGCAAGCAGGACGGCUGGAGCGAACGGCUUCAUCAUUGUUGACUUACCCCCAGAGGAGGCGGUUCGUUUUCGGAAUCAGUGUAGCGAUGCUGGUCUCUCCUACGUCCCCCUGAUUGCCCCCUCUACCACAGAAGACCGCAUGAGAACGCUCUGCGGAAUAGCCGACUCCUUCAUCUAUCUGGUUUCCCGAAUGGGUGUCACCGGUGCCACUGGCACACUGAAUAACAACCUCCCGGAACUGAUGGAGCGUGUCAAGGACCUCUCCGGCGGAGUGCCGGUCGCUGUUGGCUUUGGCAUCAGCACCCGUGAACAUUUUCUCAGUGUCACGGCUGUCGCGGACGGCGCAGUCAUUGGCAGUGAGAUCAUUACCCAGCUGGCGAAUGCCCCUGCAGGCCAGGGGGCUGCUGUCAUCCAGGACUACUGCUCCCGGAUCAGCAGUCGAACCGUCCAAACCGUACCCCAGACGAUUCCAACUACCAUCGAACCCACUUCAUUGUCACAUCCCUCCACCCCAGACCAACCAUCCCAAGCCUCCAAACCCGGCCGCUUUGGCACCUACGGCGGCCAAUACGUUCCCGAAGCCCUAACAACCUGCCUCAACGAGCUUGAAGCUGGCUUCAAUGCCGCCAUAGCCGACCCAACGUUCUGGGCGGAAUACCGCUCUUACUACCCCUACAUGGGCCGGCCUUCAACCCUUCACCAAGCCCCCCGCCUGACCUCCUACGCCGACGGCGCCACCAUCUGGCUCAAACGUGAAGACCUCAACCACACCGGCUCACACAAGAUCAACAACGCCCUUGGUCAAAUCCUCCUCGCACGCCGACUCGGCAAAACCGAGAUCAUCGCCGAAACAGGCGCCGGGCAACAUGGUGUCGCGACCGCAACCGUGUGCGCUAAGUUUGGUAUGAAAUGCACCGUCUACAUGGGCUCCGAAGACGUGCGCCGACAGGCCCUCAACGUCUUCCGUAUGCGGCUUCUCGGGGCCACGGUUAUUCCCGUUGAGUCCGGCUCUCGCACGCUCCGCGACGCCGUCAACGAAGCCUUCCGCGCCUGGAUUGUCCGUCUCGACACGACGCACUACAUCAUCGGCUCAGCCAUCGGCCCGCAUCCCUUCCCUACCAUUGUCCGCACCUUCCAAUCCAUCAUUGGCGAGGAAACCAAAUCCCAACUGCAGGAAGAAAUCGGCCAGCUCCCGGAUGCCGUCAUCUCGUGCGUCGGCGGCGGUUCCAACGCCGUGGGCAUGUUCUACCCCUUCUCGAACGACCCCUCUGUCCAACUCAUCGGCGUCGAAGCCGGCGGCGACGGCGGUACCGUCCACCACUCGGCCACGUUAUCCGCGGGCUCAGUCGGCGUGUUACACGGCGUCCGGACCUACGUGCUCCAAGACCAACAUGGACAGAUCUCCGAUACGCAUUCCGUGUCCGCGGGGCUAGAUUACCCCGGGGUUGGGCCGGAACUGGCACAAUGGAAGGAUGCGAACCGGGCGCGGUUCAUCUCUGCUACAGAUGCAGAGGCCCUGGAAGGAUUCCGCUUGUUGAGUCAGUUGGAAGGCAUCAUCCCGGCACUGGAGACGUCGCAUGCGGUUUCCGGAGCGGUGCGAGUCGCCCGGGAGUUGGGCCGGGGGAAGCAUGUGGUGCUGUGUUUGAGUGGGCGGGGCGAUAAAGAUGUGCAUACGGUGAUGGAGGUGAUGAAGGAUUUGAUUGAUUGA